AUCACAGGGUCUGUAACUGGGACAGGGUGAUUCAGUAGAGCGAAAGUAGUAAAUUGCAUUUGUACAAGGGUAUUGAUAUUUAGAAUUAAUAAAGUGGACAGAUAUGUGUGAAAUAUUGGCUUGUUAGUAAACUAAAAAAAGUGUUUCUAGUAUUUAACUGUGUUUUUGAAAAUACGGGAUAUGUUCGGUCGAUUCAUUACCAUGUUUUCUCUGACGCCAAAGCUUUCGGAACUCGGUAUACCAAAAUAACGGUUGAGGAUCAAAUGGCUAGAGUUGUCACAAGGAAAGUAGAAUGGUUUUCGGUUGACAAGACAAAAAGGAUGAGAGUCACUGUUUUGGGAAGCCUUACAGUUUUCGCCUUUCCACGGACAGAGGUGAUGGGAAACUCCUAAUCAAGUCUGAACGGAAUAAAACUCAAGUGCACUUCUUAUUUGGAGAUGAUUGUGUUAUUUCUCCUGUUCUCGUGGAUCGUGGAUGGGGUGGUUUCCCAGCUACACUACUCUGUUCCGGAGGAACAGGACCAUGGCACGUUUGUGGGGAAUAUCGCAGAGGAUCUGGGCUUGGACAUAACAAAACUUUCUUCGCGCAGAUUCCAGACUGUGCCUAGCUCAAGGAAUCCGUACUUGGAGGUGAAUUUGGAAAACGGGGCGCUUUUCGUGAACGAGAAGAUAGACAGGGAACAGAUCUGCAAACAGAGUGCUACCUGUCUUCUGCACAUGGAGGUGUUUUUGGAAAAUCCACUAGAGCUUUUUCGCGUGGAAAUUGAAAUAAUGGAUAUCAAUGACAAUCCCCCGAGCUUCCCCGAGACUGAUAUUACCAUUGAAAUUACUGAAAGUGCCACUCCUGGAACCCGCUUUCCAGUAGAGAGCGCAUUCGACCCCGACGUUGGCACCAAUGCGCUUCGCACCUACGAAAUCACCACCAACAACUAUUUUUUCCUCGAUGUGCAAACGCAAGGGGAUGGCAACAAAUUUGCGGAGUUGGUGUUGGAAAAGCCCCUGGACAGGGAACAGCAAGCCGUGCACAGGUAUGUACUGACAGCGGUAGAUGGUGGUAUGCCUCAGAGGACUGGAACGGCUCUGCUAGUGGUUAAAGUUCUCGAUUCGAACGAUAACGUCCCCGCCUUUGAUCAGUCGGUGUACACUGUGAACCUGCCUGAAAAUUCUCCGCCGGGAACCCUGGUCAUCCAGUUAAACGCCACCGAUAUGGACGAGGGACAGAACGGCGAAAUUGUAUAUUCUUUCAGCAGUCAUAAUUCCCAGAGAGUGAGGGAGUUAUUUAAUAUUGACGCACGGACUGGGAGAAUCGAAGUGAUUGGGGAAGUCGACUAUGAGGAGAGCAACACAUAUCAGCUCUACGUUCAAGCGAAAGAUCUUGGACCUAACGCCGUCCCCGCUCACUGUAAAGUUCUGGUCAAACUGAUAGAUGUGAAUGAUAAUACCCCGGAGAUCAGUUUCAGCACCGUAACAGAAUCGGUGAGUGAACAGGCAGCCCCUGGUACUGUAAUCGCGCUGCUGAGCGUUACAGACAAGGAUUCCGGAGAAAACGGCCAGACUCACUGCGAAAUUGUUGGAGACGUACCUUUCAAGCUCAAAUCGUCGUUCAAAAACUAUUACACUAUUGUUACAGAUGGACUUCUGGACAGGGAAAAUGCCGAUUCAUAUACGAUCACAGUAGUGGCAAAAGAUAAGGGCAUACCGUCCCUUGCCACAAGCAAGUCUAUCAAAGUGCAAGUGUCAGAUGAAAACGACAAUGCCCCGAGGUUCAUGCAGCCGAUUUACGACGUGUAUGUAACUGAAAAUAAUGUGCCAGGCGCUUAUAUUUACGCAGUGAGCGCUGUAGAUCCUGAUAUCGGACAAAAUGCCCAUAUUUCAUACUCCAUAUUGGAGUGCGACAUUCAGGGUAUGUCUGUAUUUACCUAUGUAUCAAUCAAUUCAGAAAACGGCUACCUUUAUGCGUUGAGAUCAUUCGAUUAUGAACAACUAAAAGACUUCAGCUUUAUGGUUCAAGCUAAGGAUUCCGGUACCCCUGACUUAUCCUCCAACGCCACCGUUAAUGUGGUCAUAGUGGAUCAAAACGAUAACGCCCCCUCAGUCAUUGCCCCGCUUGGAAAAAACGGCACAGCAAAAGAACAUUUGCCCCGGUCUGCGGAACCUGGGUACCUGGUAACGCGUAUAGUGGCUAUGGAUGCAGAUGACGGAGAGAACGCCCGCCUGUCGUACAGCAUACUAAGAGGGAACGAGAUGGGGAUGUUUCGAAUGGAUUGGAGAACGGGUGAGCUAAGGACUGCCAGGAGGGUCUCGAGUAAAAGAGACCCACAUCAUCCGUAUGACUUGUUGAUUGAAGUGAGGGACCACGGACAGCCACCUCUCUCGUCCACAGCCAGCGUCGUCAUAGUGCUUGUUGACAGCAUAGUCGAAGGCCACAGUGGUGAUCGAGGCUCCUCUAAAGCCAAGGAAAACUCCCUUGAUUUGACUCUUAUCCUCAUAAUCGCUCUGGGCUCGGUGUCCUUCAUAUUUCUCCUGGCGAUGAUCGUGCUUGCAGUCAGGUGUCAAAAGGACAAAAAGCUGAACAUCUACACCUGCCUGGCCAGCGACUGUUGCCUCUGCUGCAGCUCGUGCUGUAGCAGGCAGGCGCGAGCCAGAAAGAAAAAGCUUAGCAAGUCAGAUAUAAUGCUGGUGCAGAGCACUAAUGUCACGAGCACUGCCCAAGUACCAGUUGAGGAGUCCGGGAGCUUCGGUUCCCACCAUCAAAACCAGAACUAUUGUUACCAGGUAUGUCUCACUCCGGAAUCUGCCAAAACCGAUCUCAUGUUCCUAAAGCCCUGUAGUCCCGCUAGGAGCACAGACACUGACCACAAUCCCUGUGGCGCCAUAGUGACAGGUUAUACAGACCAGCAACCUGACAUCAUAUCUAACGGCAGCAUUUUAUCAAACGAGACGAAACACCAGCGAGCAGAACUCAGUUACCUUGUUGAUAGACCGCGGCGUGUUAACAGUUCUGCUUUCCAGGAAGCGGAUAUAGUGAGUUCUAAAGACAGUGGACACGGCGACAGUGAACAAGGCGACAGUGACCAUGACGCCACCAAUCGAGGGCAUUCGUCUGGUGCAGACCUUUUUUCAAAUUGCACAGAAGAGUGCAAGGCCCUAGGGCACUCAGAUCGAUGCUGGAUGCCCUCGUUUGUACCCUCCGAUGGCCGACAGGCAGCAGAUUAUCGUAGCAAUCUGCAUGUCCCUGGAAUGGACUCUGUGCCCGACACUGAGGUAUUUGAAACCGAAGAGCAAACGGGCGAUAGAUCAUUCUCCACCUUUGGCAAAGAGAAGUCACAUCACGGCACCCUAGAGAGGAAAGAGUUUGAUGCACUUCUGUCUAGCACACGUGCGCCUUACAAACCACCCUAUUUGUCGAGGAAAAGGAUUUGCUAGUUCAUUUCGCGUGGACGUACCAGACACGGCAUGACUUUGCACAAAACUCGACCGACAAAAAAAAAAAGCAUCAAAACUUUCGACGUCAUUAUCUCGGUGAUCCAGCUGUACCUUACUUUGUGGAAGUAUUCUGCCUCAGAAGGACAGAAUAGAAAGCAAUGGCUGACUUGAGGACCUUAACGCUCUCAGCAGGCCUGAGAAAUGAGCUGAAACUGAACUAUAAAAGAAGAAGGAAAAAACUUAGGGGCGACACAUCGCGCCUCUCUGAUCUUUGUGUGCCUGUUUACAGCACUCUGUAUAUCUUCAAACGUCACUGAGCCCUUUAGAUGUUUAUACUCACACCAAGAAGCCAACUGUACAGGAAAAAAAAAAUAUUUGUGCAUUAUUAAUGCAAUAUCUCGGUUUUAGCCUUGACUGUUUUCUAUUAUUUUAUUUUUGUGUGGUCAGGUGUUCCCAAAUCUAUUCCGACUUUAUAACUAAAAUUGUGAUCAUGCUUUUUUUCACAGCA